AUUAAUCAGACAUUCAAUCUACAACUCAGUGACUUACAUAUAAUACCCUAGACGCCGACAGCUACGUUCUCUCCGGGAAACCAAGUAAGAAUGGUUCUUUCGGACCUGGACAAGAUAAAUCAAACACAAAAGAGCACAAAUCACCUCAACUAAAUGAAAAGGCACCAAAUUACACACCUUUACAUAUACACUUACAAAGCGUCUCAAAUUGCAAGUCGUGUGCAUGAAUGCAAAAACGGAACCUCUACCACCUCACUGACGAAACCACAAUCCCAGCAGAACUACACGAGCUUGGGGACCACGUGGGUGCGUGCUUUUGACCAUGCCUGAUGUUCCAGGAUAUUAUCACACAGGACGAGCUUUUGCUUGUACUCGAGGACCUCGCCACGGCUUUGCUCCUUAUCAUCUGGGACGGUGUUUCCAUUGCUGGGCAAAUCGUGGCCCAAGCUGUCAACCAAGUCCUUUUUUUUCAGGCGCUGGUCUCACCAGCCACGUUCUUUUCCAUCAUGUUCUUGGUUUUGGCGCAAAUUGCUACUUCUCGACCAGAUUACGGCCACGGAGGCCAUGGAGGCCACGGAGGCCAUGGAGGCCACGGAGGCCACGGGGGCCAUGGUGGCUACGGCAAGAAGUGUAAGACAAUCUAUGUGACAGUGUACGAUACGAUAUACGACACGUUCUAUGUGGAGAAGUGCAGCACGAGCUACAAGAAAAAGUGCAAAACUGUCUACGAGACCAAGUACUUGACCAAGUACAAAAAAAAGUGCGACGUGACUUACGUGCCCAAAUGCCAUACCAGCUACAAAACUGUCUACGAGAAGAAAUGUGAUAUUUCAUAUUCAACCAAGGUAAUGGCGAAAAGACGUUUGCCCCUCUCGUUACAGUGUAGCACAUUCUACGACACUGUUUAUGGAACGACGUACGAAAAGAAAUGCUCGAUUUCGUACGAGGAGAAGUGCCAUUAUUCUGGAUAUGGUUAUCACAAGAAGCAACAUUGUGAUCAUUAUCCUAAGAAACAUUGCAGUAGUUAUCCCAAGAAGUAUGCGAAAAAGGUGCCGAAAAAGAGUUGCCAUUCCGUGCCAAAACAUCAUUGUAAAAGUUUCCCCAAAACCAUCCCCAAAAAGCAUUGUUCCAAGGUGCCCAAAAAGAAGUGCAAUGACUUCCCGUUCCACGUUCCCAAGAAGACGCCCAAGAAGUUAUGCAAAAGCUUCCCCAAGAAAAAAUGCCACUCAGUGCCCAAGGUCAAAGCCAGACAGGUUGCCAAGAAAGUGCCUAAGAAAAUAUGCAAAGGAGGAUAUGGAGGCCAUGGAGGUCAUGGAGGCCAUGGUGGUCACGGAGGUCAUGGUGGAGGCUAUGGCCAUGCUGAUCCUCACGGGCAUAGUGGAAGUGGUUAUGAUCAUGCUGAUCCGCAUGCUCAUUCUGACCCUCAUGGUCAAUCUGACCUGCAUGCGCAUGCUGACCCACACCCUCCAGCCGAACAUGCCCAUAGCCCUGGUCACGGUGGUAUAGGUGGGAUUGGUUCAACCGGAGGAACUAGCACCGGAGUUAGUGCGGUUGGGAUUGGAGCUGGAGGUGGGAAAUAUCUUCAUGGCGACCCUCAAUCCCUCAGACUCACUGAUUCGAGUAACAAUCCUCAUACGCAUGCCUCGUAUUCACCGUACACAGAUUCCAAGGGUGCUUCACUCAAGGGAUCUCCUAUCCCACAUCUAAGUUCGGAUUAUCAUCCACAAGUUUCAGGUACUCCUCAUCAUAACAUCUACGAUGAUCAUGGUCAAGACGAACAUGGAGUAGACGACCAUAGCAGUCACUAUGAAGGCGAAGAUAUAGACGAUGAUCAUCAUCACCAUAGUCACCAUCCGAUUAUCCAUGAUGGCGAAUCUGAUGACGAACAUGAAUAUGCCGAGUUGUAUGAUCCAGGUGAUCACGACCUCAGUCAUUUAGAUAACCAUGAUGAAUACCACGAGGGAGAUGAAAUUGGAGAAGGGGAAGUGUAUACCGGUUACCUGAAACGCAUGGGCGUUCAAGCUCGGUCAGGGAAAGGGCCCAAGCUCAAAGGCCACAAGACAAAUACUCUGCCACUAUCGAUGGUUCAUAAGAAGGUGUAUUGACAAUAUCUACAUUAGAUAUUUAUAGAGGAAUAAAUCGAUCAAUAACAAAUGCUUA